AUGAUGAUCUCAGUCUGCUUCACUUUGCUCUUUUUUUGGACGACACAAGGUAGAGUAUAUGAACUUUGCAUGCACUUUUUGUUCAACAAUUCACUGUAGUAUAAAAAUAUGCUCAAAAUGUAUUCGACCUGUUGUAUAUCUUUUUGUAAAAUAGAUCAAAUGACCUCUUGUUGCAGAUUUUGUGACCUGUGUUGGCACAGAGAUGCCGGUGGAUUUCUUGAGUGUAGGAUUGGGAGAGUCUAUUACUCUAAACUGCACUUACGACUGCUCCUCUGGAUUUGUUCGUGGCUGCUGGAGUAAAUCAUCAGACAUAUCAGGCUGUCACUGGACUCUCACACAGUGCUCAGUGUCUCUUCAUCUGUCAAAUGUGUCCACUGAAGACCUCAAGACAAACUACACUUGCUACACAAUGGCUACAGAUGACACUCGACUUCUGCACAAAACACAGCGAAUUGUGGUCCUACAGCUUCAAGGUAGAGAGACAUCUAUUAUGAGAAGGAUUAUGAGAUAUGGCUCAAAUCUAAAAUGUUCAAGAACAGGUAUACAGAUUAUAAGAAAUCAACUUUAACUAUGGUUUUAUUUUUGUGAUUAAGAUCAAUCUAUGGUACCAAGCUGGACAACCACCCAAAGAACUGAAACUAAAAUAGGUGAGAACCAAAUUUUCACAAGUGUUGGAAAACUCAUUUUUAAACACCAAGGUGGUAUUUCAAAGUUGUUUCUAUAUUAUUCUGAGAAAGGACUUACAUUCAUGGAUGUUUUGUUCCAUCUUUCCCAGCGUCUAAGCCUAACAAUGCAAACGGAGGUGAGUUUGUACUGAUCAAUACAAAAUUCAUCACUACUCAUAAAAUGUAUCAAUAUCAUUUUUCAAACCACAACUUAAUCUAUGCAUACACCUUUUCUAUAUCUGAUAUCAUUUGUUAAAUAUUUGCAUAAAUCUCCACUUUUUCCUUCACAUUAAAAGUCUCCUCUAAUGUUACAGGAGAGUUUACUGGAACUAAAGUAUUAGCAACAGUCACUGUUACUGUUGCCAUGGUGCUUGCGGCAUUGGCAGCUUACCUCUGUCUGACCCGGAGCAGACAGAGCUGGAACUGUAAAGGUGCUUAUCAAAUAUUACUCUGACAACAUACACUUGCUUUAAAAGUAGAAAUCUCUGAAUAAAAAAAUAAAAUAAAAUGACACAACUGCAUCUCUUUGUUAUUCUUGUCACAUUCUCCAGAGGAGCCUUUUGGGUCCAGGUCAGGGUGAGUUCAAUCAGGAAUAAUUAUGCACAAAUCUGUGUGUUAAAUACCCUCAAAGACUCUAUAAUGUAUUUAUAAGUUUGUGUGUAAUUGAAUAGAUCCAGUAAGUGUAUUACAUCUAUUAUUGUUUUAGCUCACCAUUGCCUCCUGAAGCUGCCCAUCCAACAAUGAAAGGUAAACUAAAUUGGAAGAAUUAAAAAGAAGUACCAAAAGCUUUUGCAGUCCUGUAUUUCAUAUUUGCAAUAUUUCUCUCUAUAGGGCCACAGUCCGCACAAAGUGAGAGAGUGACUUUGAGGAUUCCUACACCAGGUUUGAUGACAUUUGCAGCCAUCCUCACACCACUGCCUUAGACUCAAAGACAAGAAUUCACUGAUAAACUGAAUUAUUUCUUUGCUUAGAUAACGAGGAAGACACUGAGGUGCCAUAUGCUGACAUAAUGAUCACUGUCCGAGGCGUCAGCACACCAGAGCUCACUCAGGUCGGCUACCAGAAUCAUGAUGGUCAAAAAGAGGUGAGGGGCAAGACUUCUGACUUGAAAUCUAAUUGUGAUUUUCAUCGGACGGAAUCACAGGUUUGCAGGAAAGUUUCCUGUUUCCUUUUCAGGGCAGCCCUUUGAAAUAGUAAACCAGAAACAUGGUCUCCAUAUGAAAAUGCUUAUGUUGUGGUGAUCACUUUUGCUUUAUUGCAGCAUGGUUAACAAUUUGCCAAAUUCAGUAGGGGAGAGUGGGGUAAGAUGAGCCAUUUUUCAUAUCUCGGAUCACUACAUCAAGGAAAUCAUAGUUUUGAAAAAAUGGUGUAAUUUUUUCGUUUUUGACCUCAUGUUGUAGCUCACAGAUACCACAACUGAUCUAUUAAACAAAUUUAAAAUGAUCUUUUUUUGGUCUGAACACAAUUCUAAUAAAACUUAUGAGAGACCAAAUUCACUUUCAAGAGUGAAAAAUGUUUGUUUUGGAAAUAAAUAUCUAACCCCUUCACCCAUGAGCUUCUAACCUUCACAGACUCCAUGAAUUGACACCCAGCUCCUAAAUAUUUGGUCACAUGAUCAAUUUCUUUUACCAUUUCCAAGCAACAGGGGGUGGCUCAACUUAUCCCACUCUCCCCUACCACUUUUUAAAGACUCACAAACUUCUUAAGACUUGGCUUGUACUUUUCUCUGCCUUUUUCCAGUGGUGGGGAGAGGAACCCAGGUCUCACCUGCAGGCUUCACGUUCAGCUGACAGACUGAAUAUCCCGCAGCCCAGAGAGAUCAGCCGGAAGAUGAGCACCAACUCUGAGUACGCCGUCAUCACAUAUGCCUGA